UUGUUGACUCUGCUUAGAGGCAGACCGCUCCAGAGGCAUGGGGAAGGUUACCAGAGUGAUAUCAGCACUCACUCCUCUUUUAUUUCUUCUGAUCCAGCAAGGAGACUCUCAGCCUUCAAAACUGAACUUCUCAAGCAAGGAAGAAGGACAGACUCUAACACUCAAUUUCACAUUUCUAAAGAAACUCAGCGUCACUGAAAGCAUGAACCUAAACCUGAAAAGGAAUGAACAGAAGAUUGCAGAGAUCAAUUUCAACAAAGGACAGGGAAACAAAUUUAAUGAAAAAAGGCUAACAUUCACCUGGCAGGGAGAGGCACAGACAGCCACACUAUCCAUUUCAGGACUCUUUAAGAAUGACUCAGGGCUGUACCAGUGCAACUACGUCCUAAACACCAUGGUUGAAUUCAGCAAUUCCAUCAACCUGACUGUCAGAACCAGAGAAAGCUCUUACAUCAAUCAGACAGACCCCACGAGCACUGCAGACAGCCAUCCUCAGGAUCACAGCAUUCCCAAGAAUCCCCUCAUUGCUGCCUCGGUGACUGUCACGGCCGUGCUGCUUCUAGUGCUCAGUUACACUGUGUUCCUCCUCUGGGAUCGGAAUAAAGGCACCUCCAGCCCACAGCUCGACAGAAUCAAAUGCCAGCAGGAGAGCAAGCCGACCCAGGCCAUGCCAGUCUACUCCAUCGAGUACGGGGUCCUGGAAUUCCCGAGACGCGGUGCCCUUCCUCCAGCAACGAUGCCAGACCAUGACGCUCAUGUGGAAUACGCCACCAUCACCUUCCUUGCAGGACAGGAGGGGGAGCUGGGGGGGGGCACUGCUGGAGUGACUGCAGGUAGCAGAGAGAGAGCGAGAGAGAGGCCACUGUGCCAAUCAGACGUCACUGCUGCUGACCUGACAGGAAAGGACCAGAACCCCACAAUCCCAACCCUAACCCCUAACCCCCAACACCAUACCCACACAACCCCACACCCACCCCUAACCCCAACCCCACCCCUACACAACACCACACCCCCAACCCAGAGAUUUGGUGCCAAAAGCUAACAGGAGAAUGUAAAUAAAACAUCAAUUCAUAAAUAGAUGAAUACAUUUAUUCAGAAUUUAUGUACAGUUUCCGUCACGUAGAACACAGCCUGCUACUAACGCAAUGCUGCUCAAUAAGCACUCCUUCAGAUAGCUAUUUGUAUCAUAAUUUAAUCCCACUACUUUCCACACUGCAGCUCCUAUUUAUUUUACACUUACACUUUCUGUAUAAAAAAGGUGAAAUAAGAUGCUAAGCAAGUGACUUUUGGAAAAGAUGGUGUAUUAUCACAAGUGCUGGGAAUAACUGUGACAUAGACAGAUUCCAUGUUGUUAUUUAUAUACAGUAUAUAUAAAAAAAAUAAAAAUAAAUGUGCACAAAUGUGUGCGUGAUUCAUUGGGUUUGCCUACAUGUGUUAUUAAGGAUUUUAUUCAUAUAAAGCCACCAGAGGGCGGUGUUCCGUCCCUGUGUGUGGACGCAAAGACAGAGAGCUCAGUCCCCGUAUCAAAGCACAGCACUGGGUCGGUCUCUAUUGUCCCAAUAAGCAUGCAGACUCUGACACUAGCGGGAGUAUUUUACAAUGUGUUCGUCUCUACUGUCACAAUAGGCAUACAGACGCUGACACUUUAGCAGGAGUUGUUUAAACCAAGCUGUGCAGGUUGUGACAGAGCAGAUAACAUCUGUGGCUUGCAAAAGAAAGAAAAAGGUUCCAUUGAUGGGGCAGUGCUGGAGAGGUUGGUCAUAAGAACAUAAGAAAGUUUACAAACGAGAGGAGGCCAUUCGGCCCAUCUUGCUCGUUUGGUUGUUAGUAGCU